AUGCUUCGUUUAACAUUAGUUCAAACGAACCUCUCUGUUUAUGCAUUGGCUUGGGGGCCCAAGUCAGAGCAACUCGUCCAUACCUCCGGGAAACAACUGACAAUUAGAACAGUUCGAUCGAACUCAGCAUUUCUAACAUGGAUGGCUCAUGAUGGGCUUAUCUUGAAAGUUGAUUGGAAUCCAAUCAAUGAUCUGCUCAUAUCUGGCGGUGAGGAUUGCAGAUAUAAAGUGUGGGAUAGUUUUGGUCGUCUGCUUUUCUCUAGCCAAAUGCAUGAGUAUCCUAUCAGCGCAUUGGCGUGGAAACCAACAGGGGACCAGUUCGUUAUUGGCAGUUACAACUUUCUUCAGUUAUGUGAUAAACUUGGAUGGUCGCAUAACAUUCAAAAGCCAGGAACGGGAAGCAUUCUUGACUUGGUCUGGUCUCCGGACGGUGCAAGCUUAGCUGCUGCGAGCGCCAAUGGCAGCGUGAUUUUUGCACACCCCGUUGGCCGCAGUCUUGAGUGGGGUGAAUAUGAGGUAGUGCUUACAAACACUAGCUCAAUCGCGGUUACAAAAGUCUGUGACGAAUCCGCGGAAAGUCUGCAGCUCUGUCAGCCGAUUCUCAACUUGUCCCUGGCCUAUGGUCAGUUGAUCGCACUAACCAUAAGUCACUGUUACAUUUACAGUGUGAAAAAUUUCAACACUCCCGUGAUUGUGGAUUUGAAGGGUGCUAUUAUUUCGCUAAUCGUUCAAUCGCAAGACGUUUUCAUGUUGGUCGACUGGGGCACCUUAAUCAUCUAUAGCUAUAAUGGACGGCUUGUUUCCUCAGUGAAAAACAUUUCUGUGAGAACUAACCUGGUCUAUCCCGGAUGCAUUGUACUAAGCGGCGAUACAAUCGCCGCAAAGGACUUGGAAGAUGAAAAAGGCGAGUUACCCAUCUUCGUGCAGGCUGAUGUCACGGCUCUGGGAUUGAACCAAAAGGAAUCUGUGGCUGAAAGACGCCUUGCUGUCCUCGAUAGGAACAAGGAUCUUUUCAUCUACCAAGUACGCAUUUAUGGGCGCAGCAGAGCAGUGGUUAAAUUAGGGAGCAUGGUCUCAACAUUCAUGUGGUCUGAGACACAAAACUUCCUCGCCGCAAUCAAGCACGGAAAACUCAUAAUUUGGUACAACCCGGCAGUCUCCUUCGUUGACAAAGAGCUCCUCGAUCUUACUGUAGAGGAGAAGAAUGUGGUGGAAGGUUGUGAGAAAUACUGUACACUUAAUGGUUUCAACGAUAAGCAAGUGACUAUUCGUCGACCAGAAGGUACUAUGGUCACUUUUUCCAUCUCACCCUACCCGACUUUGAUUUACGCUCUCGCUUCAAAAAACAAGUGGACUCAAGGUACUCAGCUUUGCCGCAUUGCAAAGGAUCCUUUGUUGUGGGCCUGUCUCGCCGGCUUAGCUAUGGUAACGCGAAGACUAGACCUUGCUGAGGACGCUUAUGCGGCUCUUAACAAGCCAGACAAAGUUGAACACAUAAAAAGCAUACGAGAAAUGCCCUCGAAAGAGGCUCAAAGUGCGCAGACACUGCUUCUUGCAGGACAACCUAAGGAGGCCGAACGGACGCUUCUACAGGCAGGCCUUCACUUCAACGCAGUGAUGAUCAAUCUUGCACAAUUCAAGUGGGAAAGAGCUCUGGAGCUGGCUGGCAAAAAUGAAAUGUCAACUGCAAUUGUACUGUCAACACGACACCAUUAUCUCUCCAAAAUAGGGAGAUCAGAAAGCAUACAGUUAUUCUUGACUAGCCAACAACAGAAGAUAAUGGAUGAAGACACAUUGAAACGGGCUGUCGCAGAGGGGUACCAAAAGGAGGCUAAUCGAGAAAUAUGA